AUUUCGUAUUUGAUAAUACCGAUUGGGAUACCGAAGUACCGAUUGGGAUACCGAAAUAUUUGGGGAUUGGUAUUGGGAUACCGAAAUUAUUUAGGGAUUGAGAUUGUGAUUGAUUUUAAGGUGUAAUUCGAUAUUCAGAAUUUCGAUACUUGAUAUUGGGAUACCGAUACCACACCGAUUUCCACUCUUAGGUACAGGUAACAUCAGUUUUUUGCACAAAUAGGAAAGACUACUAAUGUGGUCAUAUCCCGACCCUUCAUUUCAAGCUUUCACCACCACCAUGCUUUUCAGCAUUUCUUAUUUACUCAUCUACAUGCACUUCAGUUUUUUGCACGGGCUGCCCAGAGACCAUCCACCACUGCCUGUUUGAAUGCGGCCAUGCCCAAGAGACGUGGAAAGCGUGCUUCCCAAACAUGUCUACACCACCUCCUCUCACAAACCCUCUUGAUUGGCUUUUUCAGGUCCAAAAAGGAGCCCCAGAGCAAUCAACUCACUUCAUCAUCUACCUCUUAUGGACUAUCUGGUUGGCAAGAAACGAGAAGGUGUUCGACAAUGUCACCCCAUGGCCACCUCGCUCAUGCUCCAAUGCUACUCGUGAUCAAAAGCAGUGGACAGAGUGUCCGAAAGUCCCCCUACAGCAGAGACUCCACUCGGACCAGCGCAAUCACACCCAGAACAACCCUGAUCCACCGCCAAGCAAUCCCAGUUAUGAGAUUCACUGUGAUGGUUCAUUCUCCAAUGAAUCCCAGGAGGCGGCUUAUGGUUAUGUGAUCCUCAAUAACCAUGGACAGGUUUGCGAUGGAGCGGCUGGUCCUGUUACCUGUUCCUCACCAAUUGAAGCGGAAGCUAUGGCUAUUCAGGAGGCUAUUUUUGCGGCUAAAAGAUUGAACGCAACAGUUCAUGUAAAAUCCGACUGUCUCUCCCUUGUAAACGCAAUGGCAAGGACGCCUGAGUUUUGGCCGUGGGCUUGUGCGGCGAGACUAAGUGUUGUCACCGCCAUUCUUGACAGUGAGCCAAGAAUUAAGGUUGAGUUCUUCUCUAGAAAGAACAACUUCCGGGCAGACUGGAUUGCUCGGUCUUUCAAUCAGGGAUCCCUCCCCGAAGACUGGAUUACCGUUCUGAAUCUGCUGGAUCCUUUCUUUUCUAAUGUAUCCUGACAAUUGGUUUGAGGAAUAAAAGUAACAAUGAUUUACCACUGUCAAAAAAAAAAAAAAAUCUUGCCAUCUUGCCGUCCUCUAAAACAACUCAGCUCUGUCCUAGGUGGGCCCAAAUUUCUUCUGCUCUAUCAGGAGCUUCCGAAUUAGGUAUGUAAAAUCGUAUCAGAGAUCGCGCCAGUAAGCUAGUAAGGUUCAUAAUUCUUAUACAACCAUAAUCAACGUUAUGCAAUUUA